AUGCUGCACGGCACGGCCCACUCCUCUUCGCCGGCGACAGCCUCCGCCGCCGGCGGCGGCGGCGUGCAGCCGCUGGUGGUGGCCCUCAACUGCCUCGAGGACCCGUCGCUGGAGCAGGAGGCCCUGUCGGGCGCCGCGGCCGUGGAGCACGCGCCGCUCUCGGCGCUCUGCGCGGGGCGCGUCGAGGCCGCCGCCGCCGUGCUGCUCCCGUCGUUCGCCUUCCUCCCGCGCGCCGCGCAGCGGAGGCUCCGGCCGUGGCAGCUGCUGCUCUGCCUCGGCUCGCCCGACCGCGCCGCGGACGCCGCUGCCGCCGCCGAGCUCGGCCUCCGCCUCGUCCACGUCGACGCCAACCGCGCCGAGGAGGUCGCCGACACCGUCAUGGCGCUCUUCCUGGGCCUCCUCCGCCGCACCCACCUGCUGUCCCGCCACGCCUCCUCGUCGUCCCCGACCGCCGGGUGGCUCGGCUCCGUCCAGCCGCUGUGCCGGGGCAUGCGCCGAUGCAGGGGGCUCGUGCUGGGCAUCAUCGGCGUCAACGCCGCCGCGCGGUGCCUCGCCACCCGCAGCCUUGCCUUCCGCAUGAGCGUCCUCUACUUCGAUCCGCUGUACGAGGUUACUGGGAAAGUAAAGCGUCCUUCUAUUGUAUUUCCUUCUGCUGCAAGAAGAAUGGAUACUCUCAAUGAUUUGUUAGCAGCAAGUGAUCUUGUUUCGCUUCAUUGUGCAUUGACAAAUGAUACAACACAUAUACUUAAUGCUGAGCGCCUUCAGCACAUAAAACCUGGAGCGUUCAUAGUCAACACUGGUAGCUGUCAGCUCAUAGAUGAUUGUGCACUCAAACAACUCUUGAUUGAUGGCACUAUAGCUGGAUGUGCAUUAGAUGGCGCUGAAGGCCCCCAGUGGAUGGAAGCAUGGGUGCAUGAGAUGCCAAAUGUAUUAAUUCUUCCUCGAAGUGCAGACUACAGUGAGGAAGUGUGGAUGGAGAUUAGAGAGAAAGCAAUCUCAAUAUUGCAGUCCUUUCUCUAUGAUGGUGUUGUUCCAAACAAUGUUAUUUCUGAUGAAGAUGAAGAGAUAAGUGAAAUGGGAUGUGAUGAUGGUCAACUUGGUAAACAAGAAAAAGAACAUGCUUUACAGAUCUGUGAUGGUGAACAGCAAACAGAAGAAAGCCAAUUAACUGCAGAAUAUGACAAGAGAAGAGCCAUUUCGCAACCUGAAGAGCCUCAAGCUUCUGCACAAUCUCAUAGUAUUGGCUCCAGAUCUGAAGGGAGGCGCAGCCGAUCUGGAAAGAAAGGGAAAAAGAGACCUGCUCGCCGCAGAUCACAACAGAAAAUGGAUGAAUUGUCAACUGUAGAAGGUGGAAGUAACUAUUCUUCACGCAGAGAUGAUGAUAACCAAGUGCUAAGUUCUAGUUCACGAUUUGCAUCGCCUGAGGACUCCAAAAAUAAACAUAAGUCUUCUGUUGAAUCUCCAAUGGAGAUAAUUUCUGAAAAUAAGUUGCCUGCAGGGCUUGGUAGAAAGCCUCCUGAGAAGCUAAAAGAAGGUUUUGUUAUUGCUCUAAAGACAAGAGAUAAUUCAGGUUUUUAUGUUUCAAGAGAGAGGGUCGCUGGCGGUGGAUGGUGUCUUGAUGUGAUACCAAAUGCUACAAAGAGGGAUCCUGCUGCUCAGUUUUUAGUCACUUUCAGAAACAAGGACACUAUGGGACUGCGAUCUUUUGUUGCUGGAGGCAGACUAUUACAGUUAGUGAAGUAG